AGGAGGUGUGUGCGUGCGCGUAACGGUAGUGUUCUGGGAGCCGACUAUGUCAGUUACCUUUAUUCACUGCUGAAACGCACAGGGCAGUCCCAACCUCCAGCCGAAUAAGUAGUUUUGCGUCUGUCUUUCUUUGUUCCGUAUGUUAUUGUUGCCUCGGUACGGAAGAUCAGUCUUGAAGCUCCUAUUAGCUUUCGUUAGGGACAUAUUUUAAAUAGUAAUGUGAGAAGGCCUCGUUCCUGUUAGCUGGCUAGAUAAUAAACCUGGCUAGCUAAUAAUCAAUAGGUUGGGAUCUCAACUGGAAGUGGGUGAAAUAUAAAUACAGAUUGAGGUUCACUGGCUAGCGAGCUGUAUUGUACUGCUGCGUCGUUGAACUUAUCUAAAAACCACGUUAAUACAUUUGCACCGGUCAAGUCUGCUGUUAGUGUAGAUUUGUGCUAGUAUGGGCUUGCUGUCUCAAGGGUCGCCACUGAACUGGGAAGAGACCAAAAAGUACGCGGAUCAUAUUAGAAAACAUGGUAUCAUUCAGUUUCUCAACAUCUACAACAAGGUGAAAGAUCGGCAGAAGGAUGUCUUGAAGUGGGGCGACGAGGUGGAGUACAUGCUAGUAGCAAUGGAUGACAAGGAUGAAAAAGUCCGCUUGGUGUUGAACGGAGGGGAGGUGUUGGAGACACUUCAAGAUAAAGGUGAAAAAACCAACCCCAACCACCCAACGCUGUGGAGGCCGGAAUAUGGCAGCUACAUGAUAGAGGGAACUCCGGGCCAGCCGUAUGGGGGAACAAUGUCGGAGUUUAACACAGUGGAAGACAACAUGGGGAAGCGAAGGAAGGAGGCUUCUUCCGUUCUGAAGGAACACGAAACGCUGUGCACCAUAACAUCAUUCCCAAGACUGGGUUGCCCAGGUUUUACCCUGCCGGAAUGCAAACCCACACCUGUUGAAAAAGGAGUUUCCAAAUCUCUGUUUUUCCCUGAUGAGGCUAUUAACAGACACCCAAGAUUCAGCACUCUGACCAGGAACAUCCGGCACAGGAGAGGAGAGAAAGUGGUCAUCAAUGUACCCAUUUUUAAGGAUAAGAACACCCCAUCUCCAUUUGUGGAGGAAUUCCCUGAGGAUGAUGGAGAGGCAGCCAGGGCAGCUCUUCCUGACCACAUCUACAUGGAUGCCAUGGGAUUUGGCAUGGGCAACUGCUGUCUGCAGGUAACAUUCCAGGCCUGUAGCAUUAGUGAGGCAAGGUAUCUUUAUGAUCAGCUGGCCACAAUAUGCCCCAUUGUGAUGGCCCUGAGUGCUGCCUCCCCCUUCUACAGAGGCUAUGUGUCAGACAUCGACUGCCGCUGGGGCGUUAUUUCUGCCUCGGUGGAUGACCGAACGAAAGAGGAGAGGGGCUUGGAGCCACUGAAAAACAGCAAAUUCAGGAUCCAUAAAUCAAGAUAUGAUUCUAUUGACAGCUAUCUCUCCUGCUGUGGUGAGAAAUACAACGAUAUAGAACUGACAAUAGAUGAGCAGGUCAACAAACAGCUACUGGAAGCAGGGAUUGACAAACUGCUGGCGCAACACAUAGCUCAUCUUUUCAUCCGUGAUCCAUUAUCCGUUUUUGAGGAGAAAAUUCACUUGGAUGAUGAGAAUGAGUCGGACCACUUUGAGAACCUUCAGUCGACCAACUGGCAGACAAUGAGGUUCAAGCCUCCUCCUCCAAACUCGGACAUCGGAUGGAGGGUUGAGUUUCGCCCUAUGGAGGUCCAGCUGACAGACUUUGAGAACUCCGCGUACGUUGUCUUUGUGGUUUUACUUACCAGAGUAAUCCUAUCAUACAAGCUGGACUUCCUCAUCCCCUUGUCAAAGGUUGAUGACAACAUGAAAGUCGCUCAGAAACGAAAUGCCGUUCUAGAGGGCAUGUUUUACUUCCGGAAGGACAUUUUUAAAGGUUGCAAUCCUGUUGUUGAUGGUUCAUCAGCAACACCAAAUGGCUUGGAUAAUGACACUGCAGAGUACACACUGAUGAGCAUAGACACGAUUAUCAAUGGAAAGGAGGGAGUGUUUCAGGGACUCAUUCCAAUACUCAACUGCUACCUUGAAAACAUGGAGGUGGACGUGGACACAAGAUGCACCAUCCUGAAUUACCUGAAACUUAUCAAAAAAAGGGCUUCAGGAGAGCUGAUGACCAUGGCAAAAUGGAUGAGAGAGUUUGUGGCAAAGCAUCCUCAGUACAAGCAAGACAGUGUGAUCACUGACAAAAUCAACUAUGACCUCCUGGUGAGGUGUGACAGGAUUGCCAAGGGAGAGAUCCGUUGCCCAGAACUCAUUGGUGACCCAAUCAACAGGAACAAAUAAAGGCGCUCUUCACACUGUCCUGGUUCUGUAAUCAAUGUGCGAGUGUGUCGUCCCCCCUCCAACCAUUGUCACUGAUUCCCUAACUGCAUGAAGACCAAAUAUGUGGCUGAACAGAAGAACCACGGUCCAAACCAAUUGACUUUUAAAAGAAAUAAGAAACAAAAUGCAUGUACUGUAUGCAUUGCAGUGCUCAGCCAUGUGUGUAUCCAAUUUGUAUAUAUCAGAUUUUUACAAUUCACAAAUUAUUUUAGUAGUUGAAAAGAAAAAUUCAAUCAAACCUAUAUGUACAUAUUUUCUGAUGUUUAUGUUAGAGAAGUGUCCUCGGUUAGUGUGAGGUUAUAUGAAUAUAACAAACACUAAGUUGUACAUUAGCAAGAUUUAUCUAUAAGUGAACUGCAAGUACUGUUCUGCUGUCUAGAAACAUUAACCAUCAUGUCUUGAUACCGCCUUUGAGCUGUGUCUGCGUUUGUUUGAACACUUCCUUUGAGAAUAAGUUUUGGCUUUGCUGAAUUGUACUGCUGUGUCUUUAGAAAGCAUUGCCUUUAAGAGAUUGCUCAUUGUGCUUACACUGUAUUGGAACCCUAAUCAGAAUUAGUAGUGUAAUGAAAUGCUGGUGAAGGUCAGUAAUUGUUUGGCAAUUUAGAAAAAAAAAGAUAGCUCUUUGAAUAAAUCUGAGUUAUA